AUGCCCCAAGCCCUGUUCGACCGACUGUUCGGCGACCUGGGUGCGCCCGACUGGAUAACCAACACCACUAACGUCCAGGCCAUGAGCGAAGUCAAGCUGCGUCCCCGGAUCCUGGUGGACGUCACCCAGCGGGACAUGACCACCACGGUCCUGGGCGAAGAGAUAAGCAUGCCGGUGAUGCUGGCCCCAACCGGCACCCACCAGCGCGCCCACCCCAUGGGCGAGUUGGCUUCCACCCGGGCCGCCGGCGACGCGGGGACCAUCCUGGGGCUCAGCACCGCCUCCAGCUACAGCAUUGAGGAAGUGGCUGAGGUUGCCACCAAUUCGCUUUGGUUUCAGCUCUACUUCUUCGAGAACCGGGAACUGACCGAGAUCUUGGUGCGCCGGGCGGAACAGGCGGGCUACAAGGCCAUGAUGCUCACGGUGGACAACCUGGGCGCCAACUCCCGGGAGCGGGAGUACCGUUACGCCUACACCCUGGACCAGGAACGCACCCUGAAGAACUUCGAGGGAAUCGAGCUGCCCAACCUGCCCACGCGGGAGAACUUCGCCGAGAGCUUCGAGUCGGGCCUCAACUGGUCCGACCUGGAGUGGCUGCGCUCCAUCACCUCGAUGCCGCUGGUCAUUAAGGGUGUGCAAACGGCCGAGGACGCCCGCCUUUGCGCCGAGUACGGCUGCGAGGCGCUGGUGGUCUCGAACCACGGCGGCCACGCGCUGCAGGGCACCGAAGGCACCAUCGAGAUGUUGCCCAAGAUCGCAGACGCCGUGGGCGACCGGCUGGAGGUCUAUGUCGACGGCGGCGUCCGCAAGGGUGCCGACGUGCUGAAGGCGCUGGCCCUGGGCGCCCGGGCGGUCUUCGUGGGCCGGCCCAUCUUCUGGGGGCUGUCGGUCAACGGCGAAGCGGGCGUCCGCAACUGCCUGGAGAUCCUGCGCACCGAGCUCAGCGUGGCCAUGGGCCUCUGCGGCGUGACCGACGUGAAGCGGGUAGAUAGCUCCGUCGCCCAGGACCCGGGCCCGGACAGCGCCGGCGGCGUGGUGGGCGAGCUGGAGCGCCUGGCACGUCUGCUGGACCAAGGCUACAUAACCCUCGAGGAGUUCGAGUCGCUAAAGGGCCGGCUCCUGUAA